AUGUCUGGUCGUGGUAAAGGUGGUAAGGCUAAAUCGUCUGGCAAAGUGAAGUCGCGGUCCUCGCGUGCUGGUCUUCAGUUCCCGGUAGGCCGUAUUCACCGUAAGCUGAGGAAAGGUAAUUAUGCGGAACGCGUUGGUGCUGGUGCCCCAGUAUAUUUGGCUGCGGUAUUGGAAUAUCUCGCUGCUGAAGUGUUGGAACUGGCUGGCAAUGCUGCACGUGAUAACAAGAAGACUCGCAUCAACCCGCGACACUUGCAGCUGGCAGUUCGCAACGAUGAAGAAUUGAACAAAUUACUUGCUGGCGUGACCAUUUCUCAGGGUGGUGUGCUACCUAACAUCCAGGCUGUUCUCCUCCCGAAGAAAACUGCUGAGAAAGCAGCCGCACUGAUUGGUCAUCGAGCUCGUCGGAAUUUGUGGAGGAACUUCGCGGGCGUGGCUGGCAGAUCCUCGCAUUUCGACCGUUUGAGAUUUCAGCUUGUUUUGCAAGGAGGACGAUGUUAUGAUAUGUUGAAGUCUUAA